GUAAUUGGCAUGAGGGUACCUCCUGAGGAGUUCCUGUAUGUAUGUAUGUAUGGACAAAUGGAUGGGUGAAGGAUGUAUGAUGUAUGGUGGGGUGAGUAUGGAUGGAGGGAUGGAUACUUGUAUGUUUGUUUGAUCACUUGUCUAUUAAUAUUUGUUUGCUAUAUUUCCAGUCAACUACUUUCAAGUCUUUGAUACUAUCACUCUGCUUAUUUCAUGGAGUCAUCCUUGAACGAAGAAGAUUUGGACCACUUGGCUUCAAUAUUCCAUAUGAAUUCACUGAUGGAGAUUUAAAAAUUUGUAUGAGUCAACUGAAAAUGUUUCUUUCAGAAUACUCAGAAAUACCAUUCAAGGUUUUAAAGUACACUGCUGGUCACAUUAAUUAUGGUGGCAGAGUCACUGAUGAUCAUGACAGGAGGUGUCUAAUGACCAUUCUAGAUGAUUUCUACAACAGCAAAAUAUUUGAAGAAAAUUUUACUUAUUCAGAGUCGAAGAUUUACAGACAAAUCUCCAGUGCUCAAGAUCACAAUGUAGGUCGUUUAUUGUUUCUUUCUUACUGCUUAUCUCGGCUACUUUGUGUGUAUGUGUUUGUUGUGUCUUUAACGGUGUGGAU